GCGUGGCUGGUGUUCUUCAAUUACGUCUACGUAUAUCUGCGACUGUAUAUUCGAAAUGGCCUCUGCAAACAUAUUGCGGGCGCAAGCUGGGGCCAGCGUGAGCCCGCGCUGCGCUACGCUUGCGGCGUCUUUGCUUCCUGCUCGUGCGACUAGCAGCAUCAGCCGGCGCCAGCAGCUCGCGAGCGUGUCGUCGACCCCUGCUCGCGUUUGGGGCGCCGCGCCAUCAACCCGCCGUGGAGCUCGUGUGGUCGUGCGUGCUGUUGAGCAGGAUGAGAUGAUGGAAUUGACGCCGGAGAACGUGGAGAAGGUGCUGGACGAGGUUCGGCCCUACCUGAUGGCGGAUGGUGGCAACGUGGAGUUCAUGGAAAUCGACGGGCUGGUGGUGAAGCUGAAGCUGCAGGGCGCGUGCGGGUCGUGCCCGAGCUCCACCACCACCAUGACCAUGGGCAUCAAGCGCCGCCUCAUGGAGCGCAUCCCGGAGAUCCUGGACGUGGAGCAGGUGACGGAGGAGUCGCUGGGCCUGGAGCUCAACUCGGACAACGUGGAGACGGUGCUGAACGAGAUCCGGCCCUACCUGGUGGGCACGGGCGGCGGCGGGCUGGAGCUGGUGGCCAUUGACGGAGUGAUCGUCAAGGUGAAAAUCAGCGGGCCGGCGGCCAACGUCAUGACGGUGCGCGUGGCGGUGACGCAGAAGCUGCGGGAGAAGAUCCCCGGCAUCGCCGCCGUGCAGCUGGUGUAGCGGGAGGGCGGAGGUGGGGAGGCGGGGUUGCUGCUUUGGGGGUGAGUGGUGGUGGGUGCAGGUUUCGAGGGGCUGGUGGGUGUCAUGGGACGAGGCUGCGAGAAUGGGGGAAGCAGACAGAGAGAGCGGGGCAAAUGAGCAGAGUGCGCGGCGGGCAGCAGGCAUCACAUUGGCUGGGGAGGGACAGAGUGCAGAGGAGAGGGUAUGGUCGCAAGGUGCUAGCGCAGGAGAGCGGGUGGUGACGAGGUCGGCUGGUGACGAGGGCGCGCCGCUGGUUGCGCGCUGCGGGGGAGGCGUCAGCAACGUAUGAGCCUGAGACGUCAUUGCGGGAAGCGUAUUAUGUCCGGGGAGGGCGGCGGCAUGUGCAGGACACGCGCGGCCCUGGCUACUUACUGUCGGGUGGCUAUUGGUCCGGUGGCAGCACCUGCAGUUGGCGUCGGGGACGGCCGCUGGGGGGCGGCGGCAGCAGGCAGCAGUCCUAGCCUGCGGGCCGCUUCCCCCCUCCCCCCGAAGCGUAUGGCGGAUGGUGGUCGUGGUGGUGGUCGUAUGGGGUUGCUUGGAGGCACCAACCGCACAUCUAAGCACUUGCCGUGGAUGCUCGGGGCAGACACGACUUCCGCCGGCCCUGGGGGCUGGGGCCACGCACGUGUGCCUUGUGAAGCAUCCGACGCAAACUGGUAAUCCGGAUGCGGGAACGGGUCCGUGCAUGGUUGGUGUUGUUUGGAGCGAUGCAAAAAUAUGUUGAGCUACAUGCCAUGACGUGUACUGGCGUUGGCCGUGCGUGACUUGGCACUACGAGCACGAGCCACGUGUUUUGCCAGCUUGCGCGCGUGUGCAUGUUCGCACGAGUGUGUGAGCGGUACAGGCUUACGGCCUUACACAUGUUACAUACAGGCCAGCUGUUAGACGCCUGAAAAGAGGACGCCAGUGUAACUCUGGAUUAUC